AUGCAAGUUCAACAACAUGCAAAGCAUCAUCUAGAUGAACUUGCUCUCCCACAAGUGGCCAAAACUCCCAAGGAAGCAAUUGUGGGACCAACGUUGGCGGAACAAAAGGACAACCUCAAGGAUUGGCAUUCUAAAUCAUCGUCAGGAGUUGGAUCGCUCUACAGCCGCAAAAGAAAGCGAAGUGAGAUGCCCAAAAGUAGCAGCGAAAAGAACAAUUCUACAAUUACUGCCAAUACUAGUUUUGAUCACGCAAUGGGGACCUUUUUGGCGUCAGGAUGUUGCGUCAUUCCCAACAGUGUCUUGCCACCAUAUUUUGUAAAGGAGGCUUUGGAAAAGGCCACGGACGACUUGAGUCUUUUGGAAGCCCAGGUGGCCAAUUUGAAACAACAGGCCAUUGCGCAAGAAAACCCAAACCUGUUGGCCCAAGUGGGUCGAGGGGACUUUAGAGAAAUCCUACAUCGGGAUGGUGGUCGACGUGACGUUCGAUUUCAAUUGGAUCGAUUUCCUUUCACGGCACGGGGCUUGGUGUACAAUCCCAUCGUAUAUCCUUUGGUUCAGGCACUGUUGGGUUGUAACAGCAGUGGUGGUGAAGAUGAAAUCUGUCUACUUUAUGCUGGAGUCAUGUGGGCCAAACCAAAUGAAAGCGACGACCGUACUACUACUACUACUACUACUACUGCUACUACUUCUUGUGAGGAUGGUCCCCAAAAGUGGCAUGCCGAUGGAGGACAUCUCUUUGAUCAUGUGCAUUUGCCACCUCAUUGCAUCAAUGUCUUUUAUCCAUUAGUCAAUCUGACUAGUGAUAAUGGUCCCACGGAAUUUGUCCCUGGCAGCCACCGACUCGGUUGUUUCGACAGUACUAGCAACAACGAGCACUUUGGAUUGACGUGUGAUGCUGGAGGAGCAAUUUUGUUUGACUAUCGCAUUAAACAUCGAGGCGCCUUUAACCAAACGAAAGAAGCCAGGCCUAUUCUAUACUUGGCAUAUUGCAAGCCAUUCUACAAGGAUACUGGCAACGCCCGCUCGGAACUAAGCGUCUUUCACCGCGACCAGAAAACAACCUCAAUACGCUCACCACCCUGGGUAUCGCGUAUGCUGAUUGGAGCCGCAGAAACGAUGGGAAGUGGAUUUACCAACGAAGAUCUACCUGAAUCGUCCAAGGAUGAUAGUGAAACGACCACUUCUGCUACAGUAUUGCCAGGGUCUGGGGAGCGUUGGGUGCUCUUUCGAAUGAAUGUCGAGCUGCCAAAUGAAAACGGAGAAGACGAAGCAAAGACGAUCACAGUGUAUCACGGUGACAUUGCCAGCGAGGUAUCGAGUCGCUUUUGCAAGGAACAAGGACUGGAUGAGAGCUUUGUCCCCGUUUUGGCGGGUGCCAUUCAGCAGCAGAUGGACACUGUCACGACAUAA